AUGAAUGUAUUAUCAAAUAUCACAUUUCGUUUAACAUUGAACGAUGGUCCAUUCGGAGUUCAAUGUCUUCGAUACUAUUAUUAUUUUGCAAAUGAUACUGGUGAUCAAAAAAUAACAGUUUCGAUAACAACCAAAGGUCAUGAAGCUAAUCGAACCAUUGACGAAGUAACAAAAACAAAAUAUAAUGGAUGGAUGUUUCAUAACAAAACUUUCGAAGCUGAACAAAAUGAUUAUGAAAUUUAUUUCAAUCUAAAGGCGCCAAGCGGUGGUGUAUCAUUCUAUAUAGCCCUGGAUGAAAUAUCGAUUGUUACUGGAUCUUGUGGCUAUAUAGCCGAAGAUACAAUUAUACCACCGUCUUUGGUUCGUACUACGACGAGUCCAGAUACUUCCACAACAACAGCAAAAAGGUCAACUGGUGUACCACUGAAAGAAGUACUUCCACAUCUCCACAUGCCACAACAUCAUCAAUAA